AUGCAAGGCUGCGGUUCGGAUGAGUCCAGCGAUGACGCGCACGAGUUCCAGCAGCAGCGCAGCGCCGUAGCAAUGGAGUCGCCGGCAUCCGACGCUUGUGGGUUUUUCCCAGCCGUCGUCCCGCCAGCGCCAGCGCCAGCGCCAGCGCCAGCGGCGGCAGACGGGGACGAGAGCAGCACAUGCUCGAUCUGCCUCGACAGCUGGGGAAUCAGCGGCGCACACCGUGUAGUGUCGCUGAAAUGCGGGCACCUCUUCGGGCUCAGCUGCGUGCGCAAAUGGCUGCUGCGCGGCAACGGCCGCCAAAAAACACAGAAAGGCCGAUGUCCCGAAUGCAACCAGCCGGCCGCCACGCGCGACAUCCGAGCGAUAUUCGCCCGCAGCAUUCGCGCGCUCGAUGACUCCAGGCAGCAGGAGCUGCAGCGGGAGAUCAAGCGGCUGGCAUCGCGCACGUGCGAACUGGAGUCGGAGCUGCAGCACUACCAGGUGCUGUACGCGCAGAUGCGCAACGAGGCUAUGCGCGCCAGGACCGUCGCCGAAGACACGUAUCGUAGGCUGCAGUGGCUCGAGGCCGAGAACGCCGCAAGAAACCAGACCGCCCAAGGCAUCGCCGGCGAGAGUACGGCCGAGCCGACGGCCGAGCCGCUGCCCGCGGUGCUGCGGCUGCGGGCAACCGUGCCGCUGGCCACGGCACCCGGCGAGUCAGCGCGUAUCCUGGCGCUGGACCCGCACGAGCCGCUGGUCUACGCCAGCUUCUCGCGGCCUGGCCACCUGCACACCAUGGCUGUGGUCAGCGCACACGACGCGCACACCGCGUCCGGCAGCGCCCGCACACUGCUGCCGCCGCUGCACUCGGAGGAAAUCCGCGGCGCCGAGGUCAGCCCACACACCUCCGGCACGCGCUACCUGCUGACGGCCAGCAUGGACCAGACCGUGGCAUUGACCACCCUGGCCUGCGACCAGCGCAGGUGCGCCCCGCGCGUGGCUGCGCGGUUCGCCGCCGGCGCCCCCGUGUGGUCGUGCGCCUGGGACCCGGCCGACCCCAACCGCUUCUACGCCGGCGCCGCCUUCGGCCGCGUCCUGGCCUUCGACGUGCGCCGCGUGGAUGCCCCCGUCGCCACCUGGGCCGGCGCCCAGCCCGUCGGCUCAUCGCCGAUCCACGCCAUCGCCUGUGUGCGCGGUCGCUCGGGCACCACGCGCCUGAUCGUCGCCAACGCCCAGCACCUGUAUGCGCUGCCGGAGACCGCCGGCGCGCCGUGGCUGCGGCUGACGGCGACCGGUGCCGAGCCGCGCUCUUGCCUUUCGCUCUCGUACGAUGCGCCCAGCAGCACGCUGGCGGCGUCAUUCCGCGCGCCCGGGCGCUCGACCGUGCAUGAGCUGUACGACGUUGCGGAGGCGCCGGCGGGCGCGCAGGGCGCGCAGGGCCUGCUGGUGGCGCAGGGGAGACGGGAGGCCAGGGUGGCGUCGCCGCAGGGCCGGUGGGCGCGGUCCUGCGUGGCGUCGCUGGGCAACGGGCCCCGCCACGUGCUGUUCUCCGCCGCCGUCGAGGCUGAGCGCUGCGUGCGCGUGUGGGACGCUCGGCUGCGCAUCGUGGCGGGUGCCCUGGAGGUGCCGCCGCCAGAGAAUGUCGUCGACGUGCGCGGCGGCCAGUGGGGCGCAGACGGGCUUUCGCUGCUGGUCUCGUUGACUGACCGCACGCUGCGGCUGUAUGAUGUGCGAUGA